AUGCCUCAGAGACAUUCGAAGAACAACAACGAUCUCGCUUUCUUCACGUACGACGAGAAGCGGAAGCUUGGUUAUGGAACGCAGAAGGAGAGGUUGGGGAAGGAUUCAAUCAAACCCUUCGAUGCUUGCUCUCUCUGUCUCAAAUCGUUAAUUGAUCCCAUGAGCUGCCAAAAAGGUCAUCUUUUCUGUAAAGAGUGCAUUCUUGAGUGCUUGUUGUCUCAGAAGAAAGAUAUUCAAAGGAGGCUUGUGGCACAUUCUGCUCAGCAGAAGCAAGAAAAAGAAGAGGAAGAAGAGAAAUUAACGUUGCAGAAGGCUAAAGAGCUUGAUGCAUUUGAUCAGCAGAAUCACGGUGCUGUACCACAAUACAGCGAUAGAAGCUAUAACCGAGAUAAGAAUGGUUUCCAUGGAGCAAACAGUGUCAAGGUCACUUCCUAUGAGGAGGAAGCCCUUAGAACAAUGAAGGCAUUUUGGCUGCCUUCCGCUACACCAGAAGCUUCUGUUAAAGUAGACGCCCCUUCUACCACUACCAUCUGUCCAGAAGGCAAGGAGAAUCUGAAGUUAAAGACACUUUUCCCUGUCCAGUUCACCGAAGAUACUAGCGAGCAGAAAAAAUCCAACGCCCUUGACAGGAGCUACGUCUGUCCUAGCUGCAAAACCACUCUCACCAACACAAUGUCACUUGUAGCCCUCAGUUCAUGCGGGCAUGUUUUUUGCAAAAAAUGUUCCGACAGGUUUAUGGCUGUCGACAAGGUUUGUCUUGUUUGCAACAAGGCAUGUAAAGAGAGACAUCUGGUGAAUUUGAAGAGGGGAGGUACAGGUUUCGCCGGUCACGAUGAUAAUCUUGAAGCCAAAGAUUUCAAGCAUUUGGGAAGCGGAUCUGGUUUGGGGUUGGUUAGACCCGCGAUGAAAACUUAA